AUGCAACAUAGCGAGUCAGAAAAUGUCCGCGAUAAAAAUUUCACGGAAUCUUCAGCAAACCUCGCGGCAGCUGUCGACGAUGGAUUUGCAAAGGACAAGCAAACAGUAGAAAUGGAAUUUGCACAAACGCAAUAUAGUCCAAGAGGUGUUGUACUACUAUACUUUAGAGGCGAACCUGCUGCAGAAGUGGACAGGCAUUUUUCCAGGACCUUUGCGGAGUUGUGCUGUCUUCCUGGUUCAAGUUCCCCGGAGAACAGUUUGGAAGAUUCCCAUUUCCAAGGUCAGGUUCCACGUAAUUUCUCGCUCGUAAGGGAAAUAUUGAAGGUUAUUUCAGGAAGAACAUGUGUUCCAAUCCCCAUGUCGCAGAGGAAUCUGCCGCCGUCGUUUUGGAAUCCGUCUCACAAGAACAAAUCCCAACACCCAGCUCAUACAGGCUCAAGUCACCAUGGCAACUCAGUAAACAUAUUUCAGCAAAAGCAUAAUAUGAUGAAUCAUUAUAACAGCAACUACCAACCAACUGUGCGCUAUGAUAACUUCAAUCGUCAUACUGAGUCAAAUUUUGUUCACACGCGAACAAUCCCAGUGUCCUAUGCACAACUAGCAACAGGGACUAUAAAAAGCGACUCCUCAGGGCCACAAAUACGUGUUCAACCUUUCCAUGCAUUCCUGCAUUCAUUACCGCACGAGUCUGCCUCACAGAAUAGCGACCUGGAGCCGAAUUCAUUACGGUUUGAUCCCAGCUAUAAUUCACUUCUUGUUCAGCCAGAUGUGAAGCCUCAUUUGCCGCACAUCCCUGGAGAACCAUCCUGCACAAGAACUGACGCCAGAAAUAAAAAUCCGGUAGGAUUUCCGGCAGAAUCACCCAUGAGAAAAGAAGAAAAACUAAGAAGUACCUCAACUAAAAUUUAUGCAUUUGAGUUAUCAGCCCAAGAUGAAUUUAAAAAUGAUCUGGAGUACUAGUAAUUAGUUAAGAUUAAAUAGAGUGCAUGAGGCCGCAACAUUUGAGGUAACUGUUACGAACUUGAAUGUUAAAACAAUUAUGUGUUGCCAUUUCUAAAGAAUUUGUGUUGACAAAAUUUGAGGGUUCCCAAGCUAAAAUUAUAGAAGUACUUCAAAUUAUUCAAAUAAGAGGAAUGCAAGAAUAAGUAUCGGUAGUUACCUUUUAAAAAGUAGCGAAAUCGACUAAAGCUCGUCUAAAACUACCACGUAUUUGUCGGUGCGUGGAGGGAGGCGAAAACAAGAGAGACUAGAACAUUUCAAAAGUUGCCAUAAUGUGAAAAAG